CUCUCCUUUUUACUUUAGUUUCUCCCCAUCAGAAGUAAUAAAGCUAUAGAGAGAGUACAUGGAAUAGAAUAGAAGAGACCAGAAACAGAAUAAAAGAAGAAGAAGAAGCCCGUCCCUAAAUCUAAAAUCAGUACCUUCUUCCUUACCAAAUUCAAUUCAGGGUUCGUCAUGGCAACUGAAAAUCCGACAAGUUAUAGGUAUAUGGGAAGAAGUUUCGGUGAUAUAGUAGGAGAUCAUUCUUCAUCAGCUUUCAGUGAUUGUAACAGUGAUAGAUCUGGUGAAUUCCCGACAACAUCAUCUCAAAGUAGAAGAUUGUUGAUUUCUUGUGCGUCUGAUAAUUCUGAUGAAUUAAUCCGUCAAUUCAUUUCUGAUCUUGAAUCUUGUUCUAUUGAUAUUCAAAAACAAGCAGCUAUGGAAUUGAGGUUAUUAGCUAAGAAUAAACAAGAGAAUCGGUUGAAGAUUGCUGAGAACGGAGCUGUGAAACCAUUGAUUUCGUUGAUUUCAUCGUCAGAUUUGCAGCUGCAAGAAUAUGGAGUUACAGCGAUUUUGAAUUUGUCUCUGUGUGAUGAGAAUAAAGAUUUGAUUGCUAGUUCAGGAGCGAUUAAACCGUUGAUUAGAGCUUUGAGGAUGGGUACAGCAACAGCUAGAGAGAAUUCAGCUUGUGCUUUACUUAGAUUAUCACAGAUUGAAGAUAACAAAAUCACAAUCGGACGAUCAGGAGCUGUUCCUUAUUUAGUUAAUUUAUUAGAAAAUGGUGGUUUCCGUGGGAAGAAAGAUGCAUCAACGGCUUUAUUUACACUGUGUUCGUUGAAAGAGAAUAAAAUUAGAGCAAUUCAAUCUGGUAUUAUGAAACCACUAGUGGAAUUAAUGGCGGAUUUUGGUUCAGGUAUGGUUGACAAAGCUGCUUUUGUAUUGAACUUGUUAGUUUCAAUACCAGAAGGCAAAACCGCUGUUGUUGAAGAAGGUGGUAUUCCAGUACUAGUUGAAAUUGUUGAAGUUGGUUUACAACGGCAGAAAGAAAUCGCCGCCGUAAUCUUAUUGCAGAUCUGUGAAGACAGUACAGUUUAUCGUACUUUGGUUGCUCGUGAAGGUGCAAUCCCGCCGUUAAUUGCUUUAUCACAGUCCGGCACCACUAAAGCUAAACAAAAGGCAGAAGCACUAAUUGAUAUUCUGAGGCAACCAAGAUCUGGCAAUGCCAAUAAUGCAUACUCGAGGACGACAUCUGAUGUGGCAGGGUAGUGUACUGUUUUGGGUUGAACCCAUGUACACAUGUUUUUGCCAGUUUAUUUAUUUAUAGAUGAUACGUGAUGAAGAUUUGAACACUGUGGGUAUGUGUGGCAUGUGCCCCCACCUACCGGUUUGCUAAUCUCAUCCUUUCACAUUCCAAAGGGCAGCUGAAGAUAUGGAGAAGGGAAGAAGAGGUUUGUGGGAAAUUUGUGGUUUGGUUGGUUGGUCUUGUUGUUGGUUGUACCUAUUAAAGUGAGAUUGGGGUUUUACAAGUUGAACAAAGAAAGCAAAAGAAAAAUGUAAAUAACUUUUCAUUUCAUGACAAAGUUUGUAUAAUUGAGUCAUAACGGUUCUUUUAAUUUAUCUUCUUUUGUUGUCUAUUUUUUGGUGUAAGAGUUUGGUGAGGUUUUGGGUGGACCUUAUAGUUUUCUUUUGGUUUGUAAAUAUAGGUCUGCCAUUUUUUUGGUUUUCCUUUGAAAGAUACGUUUGCAUUUGGGA